CUCACUUCUAUAGUGGUUCUGUGACUGCAGUACUUCACCAUGCCUGAGCCAGCGAAGUCCGCUCCUGCCCCAAAGAAGGGCUCGAAGAAGGCGGUGACCAAGGCGCAGAAGAAGGACGGCAAGAAGCGCAAGCGCAGCCGCAAGGAGAGCUACUCCGUGUACGUGUACAAGGUGCUGAAGCAGGUCCACCCGGACACCGGCAUCUCGUCCAAGGCCAUGGGCAUCAUGAAUUCCUUCGUCAACGACAUCUUCGAGCGCAUCGCGGGCGAGGCGUCGCGCCUGGCUCAUUACAACAAGCGCUCGACCAUCACAUCCAGGGAGAUCCAGACGGCCGUGCGUCUUCUGCUGCCUGGGGAGCUGGCUAAGCACGCCGUGUCCGAGGGCACCAAGGCCGUCACCAAGUACACCAGCUCCAAGUGAGGGACUGGCUGCAGAGUAGUCAGAUUUCUUCUCACCCAAAGGCUCUUUUCAGAGCCACCUACCUUUUCUAUAAAAGGGUCUGUCCGCUGA